GUCCCCGCCUCUCCGCCCGGCCCCCUCGUUUCCUGCUGCUGGCGGAGGCCGAGGGAGAAGGUGGCGGUGGAGGCGGGGGACGGAGAGUAAAGUGCCCGGAGACCGAGAGGCGGCCCGCCGCUUGUCCCCGAAGGAAGCCCCGCGCCGCCGCCGCCGCCCCCUCCUCCCGCGCCCUCGCCUCCCCCUUUGCUUUCCUCCUCUGCAGCCACUUUCGCCUCCUUCCCUCCCGCCCCGGGACAAAAGAGCAGCAGGGCCAUGUCCUCCUCCGGCGGCCACCAGCACAGCAAGAGCCGCGCCAUCCCCACCAGGACGGUGCCCAUCAGCGACUCGUCGCAGCUACCUCAUGACUACUGCACCACGCCCGGCGGGACCCUCUUCUCCACCACGCCCGGAGGCACCCGAAUCAUCUAUGACCGCAAAUUUCUGUUAGACCGCCGCAACUCACCCAUGGCUCAGACCCCUCCUUGCCACCUUCCAAAUAUCCCAGGAGUUACCAGCCCUGGCACUAUGACUGAGGAUUCCAAAGUGGAAGUAAACAACCUGAACAAUCAUGAUGGGAAGCCUAUCAUAGGUGAUGAUGCUCAGUUUGAGAUGGACAUCUGAUCUUCCUUGAGGGUAACCAUGGAGAGACGCCAGCUCCUGACAACCUGCUCACACCUGAUUUGGCCAACAGGAUCAAUUACUGAAGGAUGGAAGAAGCAGAAGCUGUUUCCACCAGACUCCCCACUUCAGCCUUUGAAGUGCCAAAGGAUAAGAGGACUGUUUCCCUCCUCUCCCCGAGUCCCUUAGCCAUGCCAUGAUACCCCUGACCCACUUUACCGCCAUCCCCCCCCUUUUUUUUUAAGUCUCUCCUCCCUGGUCUGUGACUGAAGCCCAUGAUACAUUUAUAUAGAGCUAAGGAAUUAAUCUUGGCUUCUCGCACUUUAGAGACAACCUACCAAAUCAUGCACAUGCGAGAACAUAGUUCCAUCAAUAAUUGGAUAUUUAUUGCGAGCCACAAAAAAAGGGCUGUGAUCCAUGUUUGAAGGGGCAUGGUACUGCCGUUGUCCCCUCCUUCCUCCUGUCAAUCAUAGUUCAGAAGGCAGUUGUUGAUUCCUUUACUGCUGUGUGGAAAGCACCUGCUUGGGGGUCUGAUCCUCGUUCCUUCUGUUCAGUCGGCAUCUAUUUGCAAAUGGGAACAUGGCGAAGUUCUUCUUUUGCCCUUCUGUGUAAUCAGUUCCUGUCGCGUUCCUUAACCUAGAAAGAGCCAUCACUGCAUUUUUGCUGCUUGCCAUUUCAUCCCAAGGAGUGCCUCCUAGAAUAUCCUGAUUGCAGUUGAUUAUGUCACCAUUUUCAAGCUUGACUCCAUCAGUGUUAAAGAGGAACCAUGUUUUGUUUGGAUAUAAUUAAGGGGUGUCAUGCUUGACAGUCCUCUAUACCUGUCUUUAAUUUUUGCUGCUGUUAUGUUCGCUGAAUUCCUUGCGAGUCUACUAUUGUGCCAAAAGAAUGAAUUAAAGUAACCUGGCUAUGCUUGAUUAGGAGGGGCUUGGCAAACAUCUGAUGCUUUUGUGAGAGAUUCCGGUUUAGGCUUAGGGCAUCCUAUGAAUCAGGAUGUGCGUAGCUGAUUUCAUGACGUGUGAUGACAAAUAAAGUAGUGGAAACAAUUCUGUAUUUUACUGCAGUCUCCUCUGGAGCAAAACCAUGCCUCUGCUAUCUGGUCUGCAUGUGGUUCCUGAAUUCGCACAUUACGAAAUCAGCUAAGGGAGCCAGCUGAACUUUAGUCUGUUGAGAGCCAGUUGCGGCAUACAGGAAAGUGCCCUUAGUCACCAACUUUUAGAGUUUUUACCCAUUUCUCUCCCUCCGCCCAUCCCAGUUCAUGUACUGGCUAUUUCACAGGGAUGAGUUUUCCUCCCAUUAACUGCUGCUUGCACGGGGCGGUCCGGAUCGUUGCAGAGAGACACAACCCUUGUGAAGGGAGUGCUUAGCCAGCCCAGUUAUCUUGCAGCAAUGGCAAUUGCUUUGGGGAAAAAGUGGGCCCUUUGCUUUCAACAAGGGGGUGAGUUCAGGCAUCAGUUGCAAUACCCCCUGGGAAGCUAAACUGUCUGAAACUGUUCCUUGGGGUGGUAAUGUUUGCUGUCUAUAAUUGGUUAGGUAAUCGAUUUAAGAACCUGUGGAUCGAUUAAUGCGCAUCUGAUAAAAUAGGCAACAAUUUUGAUGGGGGUGGGGGUAGCUGUUAUUUAAACCCUGGUGACCUCUUGGAAUAGGGAUCACCACCCUUCCCUUCGUUCUGACACAAGGAAUGUGUAUUCCCCCUACAAUUUUUAAAAAAAUACUCUCAAUUCAUUGAUUGGAGCUAUAUCAAACUGCUGUAAUUUCUUCCAUUAAGUUCAGUCUUGUUUUCUCCGAGUUACCAAGUAGCUGGUUCUUGUCUCGUAUUACCUCAUGAAGCUUCCCAACAAGGGGUCUGAUUCAUGGGCUACUCGUAAAGCAUGUUAGUCGCUUUCCUGUGACUGAAUCUCACCCCUCUUGGGUCACGGUUGAAAAAUGGGAUAACAUGGGGCAGGUAGAUAAUGUGGGAAACUCCCCCCCCCCCUUGCAGGGUUAGAGGGAAGUGUGGCAGUUAAACUGAUGGUGGUGUUUAAAAGUGACUAGACUGGCUUGAGACCCAGCCCUGGGAAAUGACCCCCACGCUUCCCUUGUCACUUGGGAAUUGGUCUCGGAAACUAGCUUAGAGGGUGGAAACUCUGCUCCGUUCAUUAACUUACCUUCUGCCUCUUCCUUUUGGGGCAGAAUUCUCAUGAUCAUUGCCAAUUUGUUUUUGUGAUUAUUUUUUAAAGGGAGGGCCACUAUUCCGGUAAAAUCAUUUUGCUUUCUCUGUUCUUUUGUGGUAGUUCAUAGGGUUCAUAGGGACAGAGGAGUAAACUACAGGAAUGUUUUGUUCAAGGUUGUUGGGUUUUUUGUUUUUUUUUUGCCUACACUAAAAUGUGAACAAUACAAGAGCAAAACUGCUUUGUAACUGUUGAUCUCUCAGGAAUAAGCUCUGUUUGCAGUGUUUCCGGGAAAAGCGGCAUCACUUCUGAAGUUGUGGUCAAAAAGCAGUCGUAAGCUGUGACUAGUGGGGAGGGGACACUCUUUGUAGGGCACAGUCUGUGCUACCUGGUUUGGGUCGAGGUAGUUCUGAAACGUCGUGUAAGUUCAGCCUGCAGUCAUAACCAGUUGUUCUUCUAAUCUUGCCUUCUUCAUAAGCACCAGCAGUUGUUUCUGGAACCUACUGUCUAAUUUGUUGACGCGGCAGAACGGAUACCAGGGUAUUGUGUGGUUUCUGGGCUGUAUGGCCAUGUUCUAGUAGCAUUUUCUCCUAAUGUUUCGCCUGCAUCCUCUGAAGGUGCCAGCCAGAUGCAGAUGAAACAUCUGGAGAAAAUGCUACUAGAACAUGGCCAUACAGCCCGGAAACCACACAACACCCCAGUGAUUCCGGCCGUGAAAACCUUCGACAAUACAUAGAACAGAUACCGCUUUGCUCCGCAGUGCUGAGAGCCGUGGAAUGUAUCUUUGUCCGUGAACUAAACCAAUUUUGAUAAGGAGGACGACAGGGCUUCAGGUGUUCCUAGCAGCCCCUUUUCCCAUCAUUGUAGAAGCACUUUUAUAAGUUUUGGAUUAGAGGGGCAACUUCAGACUUAUUUGUCCUUCCCUCUCCCAACAUCCCAAGAUCUUGUCUGUUAGAAGAGAUAUUGGCAGCUGCUGCUUGUACAGGCUUCAUGUUGCUUCUCUAGGCUGUCCUACUAACACGACGGGGGGUAAUCUAAUAGUGCUAACUUGGGACUUGGUGGAAUUCUUUUUCUUGCUCUGCUGCCAGUUUCCUAAGCAAGUCACUUACUGUGCCUCAGUUCUCCAGUCUGUAAAAAUGGGGGACAAAGAAUCCUACCUCACAGGGUUGUUGUGAGGAUAAUCUUUUUUUGUUUUGUUUGUAAAGGUACUCUUGAUUAAAAUAGGAACGAGUGCCAUAAAGAAGCUAAUAAAUCUUUUGUUUUCUUUAUAAAAUUGCAGGGUGGUUCAGUCACGGCCACAAAGGUAUCAUCUUCUGUAUAGCAAAGAAUUUUUCAUAGGAGUGGUAUUUUUAAUUGAGCAAAGAAUAAAGGGUCAGAAGUAGGAGCACUGCUUACUGACUCGUUCCUGCUUGAAGCUGAAUGUUGGGGAAACGUCCUUCGUCCCCAGGGCAAAUAGCAAUACAGGCUGCUAUGCAUUUCGCCACCGCCCCCUUUUCUUUCUCCCUGUGUGUUUGCUUGCACAAGGAAGUGAAUAGCUGUGGGGCAGAAAGGAUGAGCUCUGCCAACACCUAUUGCUGUUCAUGCCGAUAAGCUGGUGGUUCAGAAGACCAUUUGCCAAACUAGACUCUAAGUAAGGCUUGUGACCAUCACGGGGACUUGUGUUCCAGUUGCAUCUGUACAUUCUCUGUGGGAAUGGACUUCUGCAGUGCUGCUGCAAGGGCCCAACUUAGAUUGAGACUGUGGUGUGGGAAAGGAGGGGCUUCAGUCCCCGUGCUGUUUUCCUAACCUCAAAUGGUCUGGGAGUGGUUCUUGCCUCAUCAGGGGUGGGGGCACAUGAGUAGUAUCAGGCAGCUACACAUUAAAUCCAAUGUCUAGUUUGGCUCCCUGCUUCAUGGAGAAGAAAGUGAUUGAGCAGUGGGUAGAGCAGUGGGCUCUUUAGAUUGGAGCUAAGGGUGGGCAGGGGAGACCAGUUUGAGCCACCUGGGUUGCCAGGUUCUUGUCCCUGUCAUAGCAGUGUGGGAAAACAAGGCCAACAAUACCAGCUUUACAUACAUGACAAUUUCUAGUUCCACUUGUCUUGUUCCCCACUUGCAGUCAGUGCCUGCAGUGCCCUGCAGUGAUGACAUAGAAAAAAAUUCCGUGUGCAAUCUUUUUGACGAAUCCUUGCCUGGAGAGCCACAUUUCUGUUCUUCCAAGUCUUACACACUUGUUCGUUCGGCAUCACCAGCCGUUGGGAGGCAGAGGAGAACGCAAAGACGGUUUCCACCAACUCAUCAGCCGUGAUUUGAACAGUCAAAGUGCGGAAUCGCAUGGCUUGCAGUUGUAAGACGUCAGUACCUACUUAAGAGCAAAGAUUCUAAAAACAUGUCCUUUCCUCUUAUACCCCUGAUUAAUAAGAAAUAUGCUAAUAUAUGUUUUACCAUUUAUUUACUGUUUGUGGUUGGGUGGGGCAAUGGAAGCAGUUUGGACUCUGGAUGGCGUCUUCUGUCAUUCUCAGGCUUCAUGCAAUGCUGCAGAAGCUACAGCGUGACAAUUUAAUAGCAUUUGAAUAAAGACGAUUGAAUCACGUUCAGCCAGGGGCUGUGGCUCAGUAGUAGAGCAUCUGCUUUGAAUGCGCGUCUCAGGUUCAGUCCCUGGCAUUUCUAGUUAAAUGGGUCAGGCAACAGGUGAAUUGAGUGACCUCUGCCUGAACUGCUGUUCCGUAGGCGACACCAGUCUUGAUGGACCAGCUGUCAGGCUCAGUACGCAGCAGCCGCUCCAUGCGAUCAAAAAGGGAAGGGUGGGUUUUGCCCGCUGACAUAACUGCAACAUUUAAUCACCUUCUUAAAAUCUGUUGUUGUGGCCCAACAUUUGAAGCGGCUUUCCUAGGCUCUGAAAGCUUCUUGAAUGUGUCGGGGUCAAAUUUUGCUCAGCUAUUGUUGCAGCAGUUAUGUGACACUUCAGGUUCUUGUUUUGGUGGAGUGGAGGGAGAAUGGGACUUCUUCCAACUGCACCAAAGCUAGGGAAUUGUUACCUUCCAAAUCCUGUAGAAACAUAUUUUGAAAAUCCACGUUCUUUAUCUCUUAACAAAAGAUCACUGCUUUCAGAAAUAACAGACUAGCAUGCUUAUGACUCGGUAUGUAAAUAAUCACUCACCUAUGGUGUGAGAGAAUUGUCUUCAGGUAAUCAGAGAGGACAAUACAGAGAGGAAAGGUUUGCAACAAUUAGAUCUGUUCUGUUUUGGGUGUGGAAAAGGAUGAACGGGCAGGGUAGUAAAAAUUAUUGGGAGACUACUAAUUUUCUGAGUGCUUGUUGUCAGAUUGGAUUAGAAUUAAAGAAUUAUAAAAAUUAUAAAAGUAGAGUGAUCAAAUAACACCCACCCCUCCAGCCCUGCAUGUAAUGCUUCUUUUUGAAAUAAAUUCAUCCAGCAAACUAUACAGGCCACAGGGAUCGCACCUUUUUAGUGGUGCCUGAUUGAAAAUCAUGUUGAAUUCUUUUUUGUUACUUAAAGAAAAUUAUCCCUUGUGCCAAGCAGCGAGCUUUAUCAGUGCAGCCAGCCAAAAAACAAACAUAGCAGCUGUCGCUUCCCUCUGUUCCUUCCUUUCCCCAGCACUGUUAUUAAUUGUGGGUAUUAAAUUACAGAGGUUUUUAAUUUUUAAACAUUGACCAGUUUAAACAAAUACAAGGAAAGUUGAUUUGGGGUCUCCGUGCGUAAGGACACGACUGCUCUGAUAAAGUGUUCCGUGUUUGUCUAGUUUAAUCAGCUCCUUCCUUAAACAUUGGCUCACUCUAGUUAUUAUUUGGGCCGGGGGUAGGUGCAGAUGAACCCAAAACAAUGAACCCUACUUGCCUUGAAAAAAAAAAAUUCACCUGCAAAUUCAGUCCCUUUUGCCCUGCUAGUCCUUGCUACCUUGUUUCUUUAGUCUUGUUGCUUCAUGCAAUUCAGGUUGUCUUGAAAAGCUUUUACAAGGUAAAGUUGUUUUUGAGAAUGAAAAAAAAUUACUGGGGAGUCACACAACCAUGGUACUGCUUGUUCAUUUGUAGAUGUAGCUCCUCUAGGUAUUGUCCUUCGCGAAUGAGCAAGGUCUCGAAAACUUAUAGCCAAGUCCUAUGUGUGGUUUCUUGCAACUGAGUCCCACUGAGUUCAGUGGAUUUCCCUUCUAGGAAGGGCACAUCGGAUUGAAGCAUAAACGUUUCAUUCCCUGCUCUUGCUUGGCUUUGUGAUUUGAGUUUUGCACUUUAACAAAAGCAUAAUUUCACCACCACUCCUUUGAAAUUCUUGAAAUUGGAUGUUUGGAAGUAGUAAGGUUCGGUGACUGAAGCUAGUGCGUAAGAACCUUCAUCUUUUCAGAGACAUGGGCUGAUGGAACGGAUUGCCAUGUAUUGGAAGUUGCACUUUUUGUUUUGUUUAUAGUGCAGUUUUAUUCUCUAGGAGAUGCAUUCAGGAGUGAUACUAAAUCUGCAGCAGCUGCUUAAAAUGAUUGCUGCUGGUUUUUGCUAGUUCUUGCGCUGUAACGGCUUUACUUGAAUUUCUGCCUGGGGCUGAUUGAAUGGAAAAGGUCUCCUGAAACUAACAUGCUAACAUAAACUAUCCCUGCAACCCCAGAACAGUUGCGCUGUUAUUAGUGGGGAUAGUCUUUUACUGUGUCUUUCUCAGAAUAAGAGGCCUGCAAAAUGUUCAAAUGAUUGGUUUCUGAAUUGUCUUGCACUGUGUAUGUGUGCUUUUUAAAAGUGGUUUUUAAUGGCUAACACAGACUUCUGCUUCAGGUUAGAUUCAAUCAUUAAUGGAUUAGAAGGACUGAGAUUUUCCAGUGUAUAAAUUUAUGCAAGUUUAAUCAGUUGACUAAACGAUACUAUUGUCAGUCCAAUAAUCCCUUAAUUAUGUGAUAGCCCUACAAAUUAAUUUUUUUUACAUCUUUGUCGGGCAAUUCUUUAGAAUCACAGCCCUAUGCAUGUUAGUGUACAAAUUAGACCCAUUGAAGACAGUGGGAUUUAUUCCAAACAGGGAAGUACGGCAGGGAUGGUCUGCUUAUGUAUUCUUGGCUAAUUUCAUUUUCUAGACAGUAAUCUGAGGGCAAGACACAGUUGGUUCAAUUUAUCACCUUGUGGAUGAUUGGGCUCUGCCAUAAUGUGGGCGCCAUCUUGUAGUAAGGGCUUCACAUUUGUAGAUCAGGUUCAGCUCUACCAUAACAUACAAGAUCCAGCUAUAUUUGAAGCUUAAACUGUGUGUGUGCAAUGCAACUUUAAAACAUUUCCCCCUUUUUCUCACUAGUGAAAUUCUGAGCAAACUUUCACCUCACUUGAUUCAAGUUUGGGAGGCUGGCAAGGUACUAGGUUGGAUCAGGCUUGGUCUGAAGGCUACCACGAGCUUCUGCUAGAUAGAAGGAAGGCUGCCUUUCUCGUUGUGUUGGGUGACAACUACAUAUAGUGAGCUUUCAUUUGCACCUUUUGUCUCAUGUGAAUUCAACUGGCUGUUUGUGUACAGGAAUUGGGGGAACAUUCUGGAAAGAAAAGGCACAGUGAUGCCAUGAGCAAUUGGUUUGAUUCUCUUUCAGUGUGUUGCUCAGAAGUUCUCGGAUGCAUUAGUUCUGGUCUUGCCUUCGUGAUGUGGAGACUUGUCCACGUGUUCUCAAGCUGCAAAUGUAAAAAGUUCUGUGAAUGUUGGUGAAAUGCCUACUGUUCUGGGCUGUCUGAAUGGCCACCAAACUAGCUGAAUCUCUGACUUUAUUGCCACUGAAAUAAAUUUGUACCAGGAAACUGAGGCUUCUUCACUAUGCCUCAUCUUUCGAUCUUCUUUCCCCAUCUUCAGGGGGAAAUGGAGUGUAGCUGUUGCCAGCAAACAGAUGUUUGUGAGGAGUGCAGAUUUAUUGAAAUGCUCACCUGCUCCUUCCCUCUUGCGAGUGGAGCAGCAUUCCUGAUUUCUGGUUAAAUCAGAUAAAACCAUGGUCUUGUUUAUCCAGACACCCACAUUUGGAAGUCAGGACAAAUUGGAGCUAGAUUGAAGACCUCCAAAAUGAGGUCAUCAACAGCAUUCUGCUUGCCUGUUACAAACAAACCUCUGUUUGAUGUCUUGAAUAAGCCCAUGCUUAUUUCUACAUUUUGAGAUUUUUGCAUUUCGAGAUUGCAGGUGCAAAUUAAUUUUGCUUAGGGGAUUCCUUGUAGCGAACAUUUCAGGUCCUGAAUUUUCAAGAAGCACAAUGGCUGGAUCUUGACUUAAACGGUGGCAUUUGAAUUUACUGUUUAGAAAAACUGUAAAAUUCAAGAGAAUUUAUUUCAUGCUCUUUUUCUUUAUGCACCUCUUGUUGGUAACGUCCAACUAGCUCUUGAAAACGGGAAUUUGGAUAUAUCUAGCAUAAAAUGGUUGGAAAAGUAGGCCACUAUCCCCCCCCUCCACACCCCAUGGGAUAGCAACGAUCUAAAAUAGGAACAGUACUGGGAGUGUUUGUACUGGGAGUUUUAUCUUUCCUGAUAUCUAAUUCUUUCAUCAGACUCAUGCAUAACACAUUGCAUCUCAUUCUGGCGCAUAAAUCCACAUGAAUAGCAGUUAAGGAUAUAGAAUAAGUAAUAUUUAAAUGCUUUGAGUUACAAACUUACUACUUGUGAUUAUUUCAGUUUGUGUUAGUAGCAUCACCAGUCUAAUUAAUAAUGAUGGUUGUGUUUUUGUGGCCUUGAAAUACGGCCAGUGUUAUGCUGGACACCCAAGAUCUUUCCCUUUGGAGGGGAGAGAAGCCACACCCAGCCAAAUCAAUGGUGAAACAUCACAUUCUGUCACCAAAGAGAACUUGCCCAAAGCAUCGGUGGUUGUACCACCAAUGAAAGUGAUUUCAGGCCCAAAGAAAAAACAGUUUUCUCUCUAUUGAUGGCUGAGUUGCCAUUUGCUUGUGAGUGUGUCCCCCCCCCCCAUUAUAAAUUUAUCAAUAGUCCUAUCUUUUGACCAUGAAGUGAUAUUGACUUUCUUAUCAGAUCCAAGUUGGGAGAGAUCUUGCGUUAGACCUCUUCUUACCAUGAAUCUCUCCAGGAAAUCUUUACAAGUAAUAUUUGAUAUCAACAACUGCGGGUUUCCUGCCUGCAGCUGCCACUUUUCUGCAGCUCCUGAAGCGUCCUCACUGUAGUCAUACUGUCCUUAAUAUUUCAAUAAACGGUCACUUUCACAUUUUCAGUACUUCUUAGGUUUCAGGGCCGUGUGUAACACAUUCUGGAUUUGUUUUGUCGUCAGGAUCUUUUGGCAUCAAAGAUGCAGAGAUUCUUACUCCCUUUACCUCUUUCUAAAUGUAAUUGGCUAAGAUUGAUGCAACCGUGAAUCUUUUAACUAUUCUCUCUCCCCGUGAGCCAGGAGAACAGACGCUUUGGUGUUUUUAUAAUCUGCUUAGUGGUAAGGGAAGAAAUCCUGAUAGAUUUCUUUUUAAAGGGGGACCCUCCUUUAAACUAAGCUUAUGCUCCUGUUUAACAGUGGUUGAGGUUUCGUUCUGUGCCGACCUUAAGGUAUGGUACUGUGGUCCGUAAAACUUGCAGUCCUGGAAAAGGAAUCCUCCAUAUGCAAAUUCUGCCUGGCGAUAAGCUUCUUGCCAUUUGACUCAACUUUAUGCUGCACAGAGUGUGUGGUGGGUUGAAAGAUUCACUUUGAAUAGUCACCUGGCGAAACCAGAUGAUUGUGGGAAAUGAGAGACCUCUCGUGUGGAAAGGAUGAGUGCAAAAAACAAAUGUGUAUAUGUAUGUGGGUGGAUGUUUAUGCACACACAAAUAUAUAUAAAUAUAUAUUUUAGAGGGAAAAAAAUAAAGAGCUAUUGAUUCUUCUAAUGCGGGGAGAAAUAAACUUAACGCAGAUGACAUAGACUAUCCAGUUUAGUAGGCGAUCACAUUUCACAAAAACCCCAGCUUUAGCACAUCCAAGGGUGGCGCAUCUGAAAUGGAAUAGCGAGAGGCGUGCAAAGCGGGGACAAAAUGUAGGCGUGGGUGUGAAUCAGGCAAGACGUGGGGGCAUGGAUCAGCACCUUGGUCCUGGUGGACAUCGAGAACAGGACUUGGGUGCCUCUCGUCUGCCCCGCCCCCGCCCCCCCUCUUAUGUCUGUCUGCGUCACCGCGAGGUAGUGAUCCAGUGCCUUUCUUUGUUUCGGACUGGAGAAGAACUAUUUGUGACUUUGUAUGGCAGUUUCCUCCGGAGUCAAAAUGUAAAGGCUGCUGCCGGUAAAAUGACUGAAUGUUCUCGACUUAUUUAAAAAUUGAUUACGACUGUCCCCUUCCCAUUUACUGGUCCCUCACUUCCUUCCUCACCCUCCAGAUUUUUCUUUGUUUAAAUGUAAUCCUGUUUUUUUAAAAAACAAACAAACAAAAACGACAGAGGUUGUCUGAACAAAUCUUGGGCUCCUUCUGUGCCAUUCUGGUUUUUAACUGAAACAGGUGUUGGGAAAACACUCUCACCAAUGGUUGCUGUUACAGUGAGAUCAAUAAAGAUCUUGAUUAUAUCAA